UGAAUCAGAGUGGAUGAGCUAGAAACACAAGCAGCGCGUGGACGUUUUUCAUCUUAUUUCAUUUCCUCUUCACUUACAGGCCAGAUUCGCGCUGUCUGGUCGAAAAACUAGAAACACUGAAUGAUCAGAUCUAAUCACGAGAGGUGUAAAGCUUACAGCUUCAUGCUCUGAUGGUGUUCAUCAGUGUAACGCACUUAUAGAGGAGACCAACACACACACACACACACAACAUGUCUGCUCUACAGGCAACAUGGCCGGCCGGCACGGAGUGUGUGGCUCGAUAUACAUUCAAAGGCAGUACAGAGCAAGAUCUUCCCUUCAACAGAGGAGACCUACUAACCAUCAUCUGUGUAACUAAGGACCCAAACUGGUACAAAGCAAAGAAUACACUGGGCAGAGAGGGGACGAUCCCAGCCAACUACGUCCAGAAGAGAGAAGGAGUUAAAUCUGGAGGCAAACUGAGUCUGAUGCCAUGGUUUCACGGUAAGAUCACACGAGAUCAGGCGGAGCGGCUGUUGUAUCCGCCCGAGACCGGACUGUUUCUGGUGCGUGAGAGUACAAACUACCCCGGUGACUACACGCUGUGUGUGAGCUGUGAGGGGAAAGUUGAACAUUACCGCAUCAUCUAUCACAGCGGAAAACUCACCAUCGAUGAGGAGAUUUAUUUUGACAACCUCAUGCAGCUGGUGGAGCACUACACUAAAGAUGCAGACGGUCUGUGCACACGACUGAUCAAACCCAAACUGAUGGAGGGAACUGUGGCGGCACAGGAUGAGUUUCUGAGGAGUGGAUGGGCUCUGAACUGGAAAGAUCUGAAACUUCUGCAGACUCUCGGCAAAGGAGAAUUUGGAGAUGUAAAGUUUGGAGAGUACCGCGGUACAAAAGUGGCUGUAAAGUGUAUCAAACAUGACGCCACGGCUCAGGCGUUUCUUGCUGAAGCUUCAGUCAUGACUCAGCUGAGACACAAUAACCUGGUGCAGUUAUUAGGGGUGAUUGUGGAAGAGAGGGGCAGUUUGUUCAUUGUCACUGAGUACAUGGAAAAGGGCAGUCUGGUGGAUUACCUGCGCUCACGGGGUCGAACAGUACUCGGGGGCGAGUGUCUCUUUAAUUUCUCUGUUGACGUAUGUGAUGCCAUGGAGUAUUUGGAGACCAAUAACUUCGUACACAGAGAUUUGGCGGCUCGUAACGUCCUGGUGUCCAAUGAAAACAUUGCCAAAGUGAGCGACUUCGGUUUGACCAAAGAGGCUUCAUCCACCCAAGACACGGGCAAACUUCCCAUUAAAUGGACUUCACCAGAGGCUCUGCGUGAGAAAAGGUUUUCCACUAAAUCAGAUGUUUGGAGUUAUGGAAUUCUUCUUUGGGAGAUUUACUCUUUCGGACGAGUGCCGUACCCCAGAAUUCCGCUGAAGGAAGUUGUGCCGCGGGUGGAGAGAGGUUAUAAGAUGGAUCCUCCCGACGGUUGUCCGGCCGCUGUGUAUGAUCUGAUGAAGCAGUGUUGGACGCUGGAUCCCGUCGGUCGACCCUCCUUUCAUAUGCUGCGGGAGAAACUGCAACACAUCAGAGCCAAAGAGUUACAUCUGUGAACCCACCGGAGAGAAAAGAGGAUGAAAGGAACUCUUGUGUCACAAAACAUUUGAACUGGGACUCUGUGUCCUUCUGUGUGUGUGUGUGUGUGUGUGUGUGUGUGUGUGUGUGUGUGUGUGUGUGUGUGUGUGUGUGUGUGUGUGUGUGUGUGUGUGUGUGUGUGUGUGUGUGUGUGUGUGUGUGUGUGUGUGUUUGCUGGGACGUGGACACAAUCUCAUCAUUAUUAAUAUGAGAAGAAAAACACGUGUGUGUGCGUGUGUCAGUAUUUGCUCCUCUUUAUUCACUGGAUUCUUCUCAUAGCAUCAGUGAGGACUGCCGGUCUUUUCCUCCUGUGUUUUUCUUUAGUUUUUUGCUCAAGUCAUUCUAAUGAAAACAUGCAGCUCAUAUUUUACCCCAAAAUUCAAAUCAUUUUUUAUAAGAUGCUUUUUUUUAAAAAACAUGAAUAAAUUUUGUAUUAUGAUUCAUGUCAGAUAAUCAUAUUUUUUACUCUGUCUAUGUCUAUCCUGUGAUGCAUGUGGAUGUUUUUCUGUAAAUAUCAUAGACACUGACUUCAUACAGCUUAAUGUUUUGAGAGACUGCACAACACGUACAGGACCAUGAUGUAUAAAUACUUCAGUUUAAAUACUGUAUAAUGAUUUGUGUUAUAUGUGAUGAGGAUGAUGUUUCUGGCAUUAUAUGUCAUGAGAAUAUUUCUUUGCCAUGUAAAUAAUCCUACAGUCCGAAGCAUUGAAGUGGUGCUAGAAUGGGCUCUGUUUUCUUUAUGAUUCAUUUAUUUUGGGGGUGAAAUCUGAGCCAUGCAUGUUUCACAUAUACACAUCUCUAUAUUGUGUGUCAGGAUGCGUGCGGGUGCUCAAUGACAAAGUGCCUGUUGGAGUUGUCAUGUACUGCCUGUUUGUCUUACAUCACCUCUGCCAUGUGGUCAGUUUUUAUCUUAAAGUUUGUAUUUGUUGAUUUGUCAUUUACAUUGAGACAGAAUGUGUGUUCACUAGAGUCACAAAGUCUUCGAGUGAGAAAACAUUCACACACAAUCAUGCACAGGUACACAUAAACAAACACGGUUGUGCGUGCACACACACACUCAUACACACUCUAUUGUGCACACUCCUACACAGGUACACACACUCUGUUGUGCACACACACAAUCAUACACAGGUACACACACACAAUCAUACACAGGUACACACAAACACACUCCAGUAAUGAAGAGGGUUCAGUCUGAGAACUCUUUAGCUGUUUUUAUAUUUAAAGAAGUGAAAUAAUGAAGAGAUUUCUGAUGGAUCAGAGUCUUUCGGGCUCUUCUGUGUUCGGUUCAGAGAGACUCUGGAGUGAUGUCAGUGAUUUCAAUCUUCAUUGUUUUAAUAUUCUGCCAUGAUUAUAAAUAAUAAAACAUUCCAACUGAUGAGCACUAAAA